UAGACUUAUAUAUAAUUAAUUUACGAAAAAUUGAAACAAUUAAUGAAUUGCUUUUGUAAAUGUUCUAUAUUAGUAGAAUAAGAUAAUGAAAUCCUUUUUUAAUUUAACUAUUAUAAAAAUCCUUUUAUAGAAUUCUUUUAUAGAUUUUUCACAUUUAUAAAAAUGAUAUAAUAAGAUGAUUAAAAUACUUAUAGAUAUCGUUUUUCUUAUUGUUAGUAAUUUUCUCUUACAGAUCAAUCAAUGUCAUUGAUAAUAUAUUUGCUUUGAUGCUACUUGCAGCGCUCUUUUACUUUGGCAUACUAUUCGCUUUUUACGGUUUUCUAAUUGGUACUAUGAUAACUCAGCGUGGCGACGUCUCUGCAUUACGUUUAACUUUUAUCAUAAUAGUGUUUAUUAAUACGUUCGCACAUACAUGCCUCUACUGCACCGUGGGAGAAAUUAUGGUCGCGCAAUAUGAGGGAGUUUACGAGGCCGCAUGCGAGUGCAAGUGGUACACAUUGGAGCCGAAAAAAGCGAGAAACCUAUUAAUCAUAAUGAUUUUCGCCAACAAACCGCUGUAUCUUACCGCGGGAAAGCUGUUCCCUAUGACAAUGGCUACGCUUUGUAAUUUGUUGAAAACAUCGGGCGGUUAUAUAUCGGUCUUGCUGGCACAUCGGGAAUAAAAACGAGAAAAAAUUAGAAGACAUGACAAUAGCGAUAUGUUUAUGUAUUCAAUAUUCACAUUUAU